AUAGCACAUCAGGACAUGGACUUGUGGAAGGCAGUGCAUAAAGGUGACCUUCCUACAGUAGAGAUUCUCCUCAGGAAGGGUGCAGAUGUCAACAUGGCAGACAAGGAUGGCAGGACUCCACUGUGGAUAGCAGUACAGAAGGGCCACCUCCCUACAGUACAGAUGCUCCUCAUUAAGGGUGCAGAUGUCAACAUACAGGACAACACUGAUAUCACACCACUUGAGGUUGCAUUGAACCAUGGUCAGUUGACAACAGCAGAUUACUUGAUCAAACAUGGAGCAGACAGCAAAUUUGUGCAUAUAAAAUUUCAAGAUAUAUUAUGGCAAGCAGCAUACCACAGUCUCCCAAGUCUCACAGAAAUGGUCAUAAGCAAAGGUGCAGAUGUCAACAUGACAGACAAGGAUGGCAGGACUCCACUGUGGAUAGCAGCACAGGAGGGCCACCUCCCUACAGUAGAGAUGCUCCUCAGUAAGGGUGCAGAUGUCAACAUGGCAGACAAGGAUGUCAGGACUCCACUGUGGAUAGCAGCACAGAAGGGCCACCUCCCUACAGUAGAGAUGCUCCUCAGUAAGGGUGCAGAUGUCAACAUACAGGACAGCACUGAUAUCACACCACUUGAGCUUGCCCUGAACCAUGAUCAGUUGACAACAGCAAAUUACUUGAUCAAACAUGGAGCAGACAGCAAAUUUGUGGAUAUAAAAUUUCAAGAUGUAUUAUGGCAAGCAGCUCACCACAGUCUCCCCAGUCUCACAGAAAUGGUCAUAAGCAAAGGUGCAGAUGUCAACAUGACGGACAAGAAUGGCUGGACUCCACUGUGGAUAGCAGCACUGGAGGGCCACCUGCCUACAGUAGAGAUGCUCCUCAGUAAGGGUGCAGAUGUCAACAUGGCAGACAAGGAUGGCAGGACUCCACUGUGGAUAGCAGCACUGCAGGGCCACCUCCCAACAGUAGAGAUGAUCCUCAGUAAGGGUGCAGAUGUCAACAUGGCAGACAAGGAUGGCAGGACUCCACUGUGGAUAGCAGCACAGGGGGGCCACCUCCCAACAGUAGAGAUGCUCCUCAGUAAGGGUGCAAAUGUCAACAUGGCAGACAAGGAUGGCAGGACUCCACUGUGGAUAACAGCACAGGGGGGCUACCUCCCUACAGUAGAGAUGCUCCUCAGUAAGGGUGCAAAUGUCAACAUGGCAGACAAGGAUGGCAGGACUCCACUGUGGAUAGCAGCACAGGGGGGCUACCUCCCAACAGUAGAGAUGCUCCUCAGUAAGGGUGCAAAUGUCAACAUGGCAGACAACGAUGGCAGGACUCUUCUGUGUAUAGCUGCACAGGAGGGCGACCUCUCUACAGUAGAGAUGCUCCUCAGUAAGGGUGCAGAUGUCAACAAGGCAGACAAGGAUGGCAGGACUCCACUGUGGAUAACAGCACAGGAGGGCAACCUACGUACAGUAAAGAAGCUCCUCAGUAAGGGUGCAGAUGUCAACAAGGCAGACAAGGAUGGCAGGACUCCACUGUGGAUAGCAGCACAGGAGGGCAACCUACGCACAGUGAAGAUGCUCCUCAGUAAUGGUGCAGAUGUCAACAUGGCAGACAAGGAUGGCAGGACUCCAGCAGAUGCGGCAAACAGGAUGGGCCAUUCUGCUGUUAAAGAGAUGAUCAUCAAAACAUGCUAAAGAUAAAUAAAACAUUACAGUACUCUUAUUACUUGAAUCUUGAAGGAAUCUUGAAUUUUGAAGUUGACAAUGUUGGACAUAUGAUCUGCAAAAAUGAAGCACUGUACAAUGUAAUGUAUAUUCUAAUACCGGUAUGCGGAAUAAUUUUGUGCUGCAUAUCAAACUAGCAAGAGAAAUUAUAGUUGUUUUCUUUAUCUUCAAAAUGUGAUAGGAAAAGCUGCUGACAUUUAUCCAUGCAAUAGACCAUAUCCUACCACAAUAGUUCAAUAUGACAGAAGAUAUACAUCUAGCAGAGGUUUAUUGAACUGCCCAUACUUUACCUUUUUAUUCAAGUUUCAAGAAUGCAAUUAUAGCUUUUUAUCUCAUCUGCAUGUACUGAUCAGCUCAUUGAGACAAGCUGUAAUAACAACCUAUAAGCAGAUGGUGGGAAGAUUGUGACAUUUUAUUCUCAGAUUUAGUCUGUUUACUGAGUGUAUUUUUGGAGGAUGUUUAGAUAUAUGAAAUACAUGUACAUUUGCUUGAAGAACAAGUUUUGAAAAUCACACCUGACAUGUGCUUCCCUCUAUGUUGUGAUGCUUUUUACUGGUAGACAUGAUCACUAAUGUCAGGAAAGAAGUAACUGAAAGGACACCUAGAAACCAUAACCAUUUCACACUACCAAAAUGUUGAACGGAGAAGCUGAAUCGAUCUUUCUUCUACCAGCCAACACUGCUCUUUAACAAAUCUCUGAACUGAUUCCACC